UGAGAACUGGCUCUACCAACCGUGGUAUAAAGCCGCACCUCAUGGAGACUUCUUCGCAUCUUUAGCGGAGGGUAUUAUAUCUAGAUCUUCAUUCAGCUAUUGGCCAAGGCUGUAAAAAUGUUGCCACCGCAUUCUCUUCUCCCGUCGAGGAUGCUCAUAAGGUCUCUGUUGGUAGCUGGGAUCACUAGCCACCCGAUGCUGCUUGCUCCCGGGCUUUCCAUCUUGAAUUUCCUAUCUCAACCACGUGGCCCUCUUUUUAACAUCGAGAGAAACCCCAUAUUACAUACUAUACUGAAAAGUUUGUUGUAUAACCACUUCUGUGCAGGAGAAAACGCCAGCGAAGUCAAAGCUACGAUCCAAAACAUAAAGAGUAUGGGAUUCCGCGGCGUAAUCCUAACUUACGCCAAGGAAACCUCUGGAAAGACUUCUAAUGAGAGGGUUUUGUCUAACGAUGAGUCACAAAGUGUUGAUGCUGAGAUUAUGGCUUGGCAUCAAGGCGUACUGCAAACAGUCAAGAUGAUCGGCGAUGGCGACUUCUUAGCAUUAAAAUUAACUGGAGCUGGGGAAGCAGUAACAACUGCCCUUUCAUUGGCAAAGCCUCUUCCUAAACAGAUGGAGAACGCUUUGCUCGAUAUCUGUGAUGAAGCAAUUAGUCGGCAUGUAAAUGUGUUCUUGGAUGCAGAGCAACAUCACGUUCAGCCAGGCAUUGACAAAGUUGCUCUAUAUUUGAUGCGCCGUUAUAAUCGAGGUGGCGUAGCUGUGGUGUUCAAUACGUAUCAGGGGUAUCUAAAGUCAACUCCACGUAUCAUUCUUGAUCAUUUGCACAACGCGAGGGAAGAACAAUUCGUUAUCGGCAUUAAAUUAGUCCGCGGCGCAUAUAUGAGCACGGAGCCUCGCCAUCUCAUACACGAUACAAAAGAAGAGACAGAUAUAUCUUACGACAGUAUUGCUGAGGGACUUAUUCAAGGUCAAUAUGCGAAUUGGACACAAGACGAGGCUUUUAGUUCUCCGAAACUAGAGCUAUUUCUUGCAACUCAUAACCGCCCGAGUACUAUCAAGGCACAAAAGCUACAAAACUUCCGAAUGCAUGCCCAGCUACCUCUUAUUCGAAUUCAAUAUGGUCAACUACUAGGAAUGGCAGAUGAAGUAAGCUUGACGCUUCUUCAGUUGAACAAGGAAGAUACCUCAGGUAAGCCGUUCGCGGCUACAGAAGUAUAUAAAUGUCUUACAUGGGGUACACUGAACGACUGCAUUUUUUACCUCUUACGACGCGCCAACGAGAACAAAGACGCUGUGACGAGAACUUUAGCGGAAUACAAGGCCUUAAAACGAGAAGCACUAAGGAGAAUGACGAAUAUUUUCUCGUCAUAGCGAUCGCGGGGGGUCGCUUGUGAAUCUGCUUUGGAUAUAGCAGUUCGUGAAAAUUAAACUUCUUUCUUUUAGAAAAAAUAAAUAGGCAAUGUAGAAAACUCAUGUCUUUUGAUCGCCC